AUGGAAAAUCCAAAAUUAUUCUACAGCUACAUAAGAAGCAGCACACGAAACAGAUAUCCAAUCCCCCUCCUGAAGACAAGCGGAGACGUAGAGAUUAGUGAGGAUGGAGAAAAAGCUGAGCACUUUUCACAAAUUUUCAAAUCCAUCUUUACUAGUGAAAGUCCAUUUACUCCUCCCGACUACGACUUCGAUGAGGAUCCAAAAAUUGAGUCUGUAUCUUUUGAUGAAGCGACGGUUCGCAAAGAGCUAAUGACGCUAAAUGAGUCGAAAUCACCAGGUCCAGACGACAUACCGCCUAAGUUACUGAAGGAGCUCGCUGCCGAACUAGCCAAACCAUUGUCCAUGCUUUUCCAAGCCUCGUUCGAAGCCGGCUGCUUGCCCGCCGACUGGAAAUCUGCGCGGAUCACACCACUGCAUAAAGGAGGCAGCAAGGCCUCUGCAAACAAUUACAGGCCAAUUAGCUUCACCUCCAUCUGCUGCAAACUCAUGGAGAAAAUAAUCAAGCGAGAGCUGAUGCGCUUCCUAGAGCAGCAUAAUUUAUUAUCUGAUGCGCAGCAUGGGUUUCGUAGUGGCAGGUCUUGCGUGACUAACUUGCUCAACUGUUUGGAACGUUGGACUCGGUCAGUUGAUGAAGUCAAUGCGCUGCAUGUAGUCUAUAUCGACUUUAAAAAGGCAUUUGAUAAUGUCCCACAUCAGCGACUCCUGCACAAACUGAGCCGAACAGGCGUUAGGGGUAACCUCUUAAAAUGGAUUCAAAGCUUCCUAUUAGACCGUUGUCAAACUGUCCAUGUCGGUGGCCAGAAGUCGACGGAGGUUGCCGUUAAAAGCGGUGUUCUCCAAGGCUCAGUUCUUGGUCCUACUUUGUUCAUCAUUUACGUCAACGAUUGCGUGAGUGAACUGGAUUGUAGUGUCGCCAUGUUUGCGGAUGACAUUAAGCUCUGGAGCGUCAUUCGAACUGCAGAUGACGAAGAGCAUCUGCAGGCGAACCUAAAUCGACUCCAACAGUGGUCAAAGGCCUGGCUUCUGCCGUUCAACGAGAAAAGUGCAAUAUUCUACGAGUCGGCAGAGCUCGCUCUCCGAACUAUAUGGCCUACUGCCUAA